UUAGGCGACCACGAUGGAGUGGCUCUCACAAACGUUAACUUCAAAAAUUUCUCCGAGCACUUCGGAUUUCGUGGCCAUCAAGACCAUUACGACGCUUAUGUACAAGAUUUUGAAGCUGCAUGGAUCCAGAUCCAGGGAGGAGAAUUGGCAAAGUGCGUUCAUUUCAAUGAAAAUCCCACAAAGACCCAUUCCGGUGGCCUUUCAGCAAAACACAGAAAAACUCCUCAAGGGAUGUGGGCCACAGACAGUGGAUCAAGAGAUCCGGUCCGGCUUUUUGAAGAAUUUCUGAAAAGGCGCACAUUAGAAAUGCGAACCUCUGGGCCUUUGUACUUGGCAAUAAUACAGCGUCCA